UCCGCUACCAUCACGAGUACGCCUUCUUCUGACAGCGCCUUUGUCAGAGAGAGUGUGUGACUCUGCCAUGGCCUCUGAUGGGCAUGACGCCGACCUCGCUGAGGCUGGCUCAUCGCGGCAAAUUGGGCCUUCACACCUCUCAACCAGCACACACGGCUCAGCAGCCCUGAUACUACCCAAUGCGCCGCUCCGAGAGCGCUCGACAACGCCUCUACCUGCGGCUUCUCUGGCCGUGCCGCUCAGCACAACAUCCUCACCUCUUACAUCGCUCGACCCAUCACCAGUCAAGCCCUCCCAGUCCAGCGUUGCACAGCAUAUACUGUCUUCUCUGUCCUCCGUCCCUUCCAAGUCGUCAAGCAAUGCCAAGGGCCUCUCUGCGACAUCCCUGGCAGAUCGCCUCCGAGCAGAAGCGAGGCAGAGAGCUGUUCAAGAAGAAGAGGAAGAGGAGCAAAGGCGGAGGUCACGCAGACGAUUCACCUCGGCCAGUCCUGAAGCUCAAAAUGGCGAGGGCAGCGGCGGCGCACGAGCAAGCAGCAGUCGCCACGUCAUUGGAGACAGCGACGACGACAGCGACGAUAGUCUUGGCUCACUCGUCCUCAACAUUACAAAGCGCCCGCGCGUCGUCCUUUCUCCAAUGCUCGCGUCACGUUCCCCCGCAGGCAGCUCUCACGACCAAGGGUCUGGUAGCGUGUUACCGGCCAAGCGGCCACGCCGCAGUGCAGCCCAGCCCUCGAAGUAUCGCUUCGAGCCCAAGAUGUACAAGUCUAGCAGGGCCAAAGCCCAGCCAACUGCAGCCGAGCUAGCCCAUAUCACGCCUGCGGCUGCUGUGGACAGACACAGCAUCGAUGCUUUGCUGAGGGAGAAGAAAAGGCAUCAGAGAAAGGGCGUAGACGAGAAGGGCAUCGAGGCAGUCAGGCAAAGCAUUACGGAGUGGGAGGGAAGGCGCGUAGACGUUCAUGAGAAGCCGGAGGCCGAGAGUGAGGUCGACAGGGCCUUACGGGACCUGGAGAACGCCUACGUGGCGAGAGCAGAGGAAGGAUUGCAGUCGCCUGCUUCUCGCGGAGAAAGCGAAGAGCGUGACUAUGAGUCCAAGACUCGCGCCAGGACGAGCUCUACAGUCGACUACGGCUUCUUCGAAAAGGUCGAGAAGCGCAGCAAGUCCGAUCAGGGCCUCACGUCACGUCCUGACGUCUUGGAGGCCCUCAAGAAGACGGUACUUCCCCGUGAUGGUGAUGAAGAUGAUGACCACGAUGACGGUGAACAGGACCAGCAGCGCCUCCUUGACAUCGUCGCACAUGAAGGGCAAGCUGAGCAGCGAGGUAGCAGCACAGGCGCUAGCAAGCACGUCUACCACUUUUGGCACUCCGGCCCGUUAUCCGAUCCCUCCGCUCACUGGUCCCACUCUUCCCACCCACUCACAAUGUACCAUGGCCCCUAUCAAAAGGACGUCUCCACAUCGUUCGUCGCUGGCCUCCUCAAAGCAGGCGAAGUCGCUUCUUCCGACAACCACAUCCGCAUCAAGCCCGACAUAGUCGCUGCAGCAGUGCAUGGUGAUGAGACCAUAGCAGGUAUGGCUUUCAAGGUUGCGAGUGAGCAGAUCAAGCAGUGUCAGAUUGAUGAGGGCUUGCUAGGCAAGGUCGUGGCUAUGAUUCGGAGGGAGCUUAGAGCAUUGGGUGCGCAGGAGGUGGGGGAGAGCGCGUUCAAGGCGGGGUGGAGGGAGAGGGAAAGGCGAGCUUCUGCGCCGAUCACAGCAAACACUACCAACAGCAGCAAGCCGGCAGUGCUCUCAAGCCUGGAGCGCCAGGUACGCAUCGAGCGUGCUCUUCGGCUGAUGCUCGUCAUUCUGGCCCUCCCGACGGCCCCGCAUUGGCUUUGCACCUCUCUGCGACUCGCUUUCCUUACGGAUGCGCAUUGCAUGGCCUGCGAUGAUUGGUCGCGCGGCGCAUCGAUGCAGGCGCUACUAGAGGAGAUCAUGGAGCGCAAGUUGUCUGCUUUGAGCUGGGCGACGUACGAGCAAAUGCUGCUGAGCGGAGCAGGAGACGACGCGGUUGCAGGUGAAGGCUGGGGAAAAUGGAUCCUCGACUGGCUCCCCGAUCCCAAGAAGGAUAUCGCCUCUAGCCUGACUUCCGCAGCGAAGAUGACGGGUCGCGCAACUUGGCCUCUCUUCUUCAGCAUGCUGGAUCGCUUCGCCAACGCAUCGACCAAGGCGCGCACAGUACGACGUAGCAAGGCCUACCUAUCGCACAUCUCUGGCCUCGCUCGGCACGGGUACGGCGCCAUCGUGGGUCCCAUUGUUCCCGAUCUCAAAGUUCUCUGCGACGUGAUUGAAAGCGAGGACCCACGAGUCAACCCAUUGUGGGUCCCUCCUUCCAGUAGACCUAACAUUAGCUACAGAGACGUUGAGGCAAGGACACAGAUCUUGGCUAUCGCUCUGAGCGAUCUGGCACUGCAGCUUUGCUCGCCGACGAAGUCGAGGACCACUGAGCCCGCCUCGGCCUCUGCUGGCACUGAAGGCGAGCCCAGCACAACGCAACAAAGCGCUACCGGAUCAGAAGAGGAGCUUCUCGCAUCUGGCGCUCUGGAGAGUACUGGACUCGCCAAACCCGCGGUAGGCACCUCGACCGCAGCCACUACGUCGCUUCCGCGCCCGACGGCCACCACCUCAACAAGCAAAUCUUCCCUUGACCGCAAUGCUGCCUUCCUCGCUUCCAUUCAGCCCUACCGUGACGACAUAGCUCUUCUAUCAGCUUUUCAUCUCGACGCAGCCAGCCUAGCGCCGGACUUUGGGAGAUUGAAGCAAGUGCAUCGCCUCGUUGCCCUGUUGCGGAUGAACGCAGGGAGGAUCAUGGAGGGUCGAAGGGCCGGCGUCGGCUUGACGCGAGAUGGUGUGGACAGUUCAGAUGAGCAAGAAGAGGACCCGAUCUGGCGCAGUCGCGCCAAAGACGCCAUGCAGCGAUUGGCGCUCACACUUACAUACCAGUGCGAGGCUUAUACGCGAUUCAGGAUUGGUGGGGUCGAUGCUGGCAAUGAGAGCACGGACGCGGGAAGGGGCACGAAUGAUGAUGACGAUGAUGAUACCCUAGACGAGCAAGCGAACAGCAGCAAGAGGAUGAAAAAGAACGCAGGAGGCGGAAGAGUGGCUACCGGGCCGCGAGCCUCUGACCAGCGUAGUCUCGAUAGCUUCUUUCGUCGAUGAGGGGCUUCAACUCUUAUGCCACACGACGGCCUUCGAUGCCCUCUUGUUCAAUCUAUGACAUUGUCUCUCUCGUA